AUGACCAACAGUGUAAAACCCUACUUUUCUUGGUGUUUAUUAUUGAAAACGUUUGUUGUCCAGUUUUUUAAUAUUGCAUUAUUUCGGCAAAAGACACGGAUAGCAGAAGAAUGGAGCAGAAAAUUAAAGUUGUGUGGCGAUGUCCGUGGCCGUUUCAAGCAAAUGUUUCAGCGUGUGGAAAACAUUAACAAAAAGGCCGGUCCUUUUGAAAUUCUAUUGUGUGUGGGUGAUUUCUUCUCGGAGGAUGAAAAACAAAAUGAGGAACUUAUUGCUUAUAAAAAUGGACACAAACAUAUUCCCGUUCCAACGUACAUUUUGGGACCUAAUAACAAAAACGUAUUGUCGUAUUAUGAAAAUACCCAAGAUGGAGAAAUUUGUAGUAAUCUAACGUAUUUGGGUAAACGUGGUCUUUACACCCUCUCGUCGGGUGUUAAAAUAGCCUAUAUUAGUGGUUUGGAAAAGCCAGCGGGGGCGACCAGUAAUGAAGAAUAUUACUUUAAUAUGGAUGAUAUUGAAGCUGUUCGUAAUUCAUGUUUAGUUAAUAAAUCAUCAGCAUCAGAUUAUCGUGGUGUUGAUGUAUUGUUAAGUUCACCAUGGCCGUAUGGUAUAACAAACGAUGGACAGGAGGCCCAAUACUCUUCGAAAUUGUUGGCAUUUUUAUGCCGUGAUAUUAAGCCAAGAUAUCAUUUUUGUGGAAUGAGUAAGAAAUAUUUUGAACCGGCUCCAUAUAGACUGCCCUCGGAUCAAAUAACACAAUUGGAAUUGUGUACACGAUUUAUAUCCCUAGCCGAUGUGGGAAAUGCAGAAAAGGAGAAAUACAUUUAUGCCUUGAGCUUGACGCCGGUGGAAAAAAUGCGUGUUAUGGAAUUGAUACAGAAAACGACCAUUGAAAUAAAAUGUCCAUUUGCCGAUAUUAAUUUUAAUGAUAUCAAAUUAAAGGGUGCGGCGACUGAAAGUAAACAAUAUUUCUUUGAUAUGGAAUCGAAAAAUGACAAAGGCAAACGUUUUGGUGGUAGUAAUGAUCGGCAACACAAAAAACCAAAAGUUCAGCAAUGGGAUCAAGAAAUCUGUUGGUUCUGUUUAUCAAGUCCAAGUGUGGAGAAACAUUUAAUUAUUACCAUUGGCACACAUUUCUAUUUGGCUCUGGCCAAGGGACCCAUUAACGAUUAUCACAUAUUGGUGUGCUCGAUUAAUCACAUACCUUGUGCUGCUCAGCUAACCGAAGAAGAUUGGAAAGAAUUGCUGCGUUUUAAAAAAGCUCUAAGGAAAUUUUUCAAAGAACAAAAACAAGUUGUGUGUUUUACCGAACGCAAUUAUAAAACUUCGCAUCUGCAAAUUAAUGUAUUGGCUUUGGAUGAGGGUUUGGCAUGGAAGAUUCCCCAUGCAUUCGAAGAUAAAGCUGAAGAAUUUAAUUUAGAAUUUGAAACAAUACCAGAAUUGACGGCAUCACAUAUGCUACCGGAGCAGGGUCCCUACUUUGUGGCUGAAUUGCCAAAUGAUACUACGUUAAUAACACGUCAAAUGAAACAUUUCCCAAUACAUUAUGCAAGAGAUGUUUUCUGUUCCGAAAAUCUUUUGAACUGUGAUGAAAAAGUUGAUUGGCGUGCAUGUAAACUUGAUAUGGAUACGGAAAAGGAAUUGGUGAAAAAUUUUAGAGACAAAUUUGCAAAAUAUGAUUUUACCUCCUAA